UAAUUUCUAUCACACGAGUUUACCUAGUAAUUUUCUUAAACUUAAGUUCCACAAAUUUUUUAUUUUUUUAUUUUUUGUAUCGAAGCCAUAUUGAAUUAAAACUGCACUUCGAAAAAUCCGUGUAUUCGGCAUCAAAAUUUUACGUUUGUUUGCGAUAUAAGACAAAUAAAACCACCACUAGUAUAAUUACAAAUUACACUACAACCAAUUGAUUUUAGUAAACACUUCAUCUUGUUAACAAGUGGAAUGUUCCUCUAUAUAACCUCUCCAAUUCUUAAAGUUCAUACACCACCCAAACAUCCUAUACAACUUCUCCCCUCUAUCUCAUGGCACAACCCAAUCUGGUGAAGAUACUGGACGUUUGCAGGGUGCCUCCGAUGCCUCCCUCCUCCAACUCAACUGUCCAAACAUCGCUUCCUCUCACGUUCUUCGACAUUUUCUGGAUGAGACUUCGUCCAAGUCAACGCGUAUUCUUUUAUGAAUUCCCCGUUUCAAAAACAACACUCAUAGAUACCAUCCUUCCUCAACUGAAACACUCCUUAUCCGUCGCCCUCCUACACUAUCUACCACUCGCCGGAAAUCUCACUUGGCCACUGGAUUCCGACAAACCAAUUGUCCAAUAUAAUGAAGGUGAUACAGUUGCACUUACAGUAGGAGAGUCUGAAGACAAUUUCUACCAACUCUCAAGAAAUGGUUUUCGCGAAGUCGAAAAAUCCCAUUAUUAUCUACCCUGCUUAUUAGCAUCUAAAACAGGAGUACCAGUUCUAGCCUUGCAAGUGACUUUUUUCCCAAACGCAGGGUUUUCCAUUGGUCAUGCCGCCCACCACGCUGUAUUUGACGGGAAAUCCAUAACCAUGUUUAUGCAUUCAUGGGCCUCCAUUUGCAGGCAUGGCGGAGACUCAACUCUUACACCUGACCUAACUCCUUUUUAUGACAGGACCAUAGUCAGUGACCCAUUUGACAUCGAAAAAUCUUACAUACACGGCUGGUUGGCACACGAGGGACCCAACAACAGAAGCCUCGAGAUUUGGGACUCGAAAGCUGAAGAGGAUGCUAUGUUAGGCACAUUCAAACUGACACAAGCAAACAUAGAAAGUAUCAAGAAGUGGGUGGAAGCUAAAUGGCAAGAGAAACAUUUAGAGAAAUCAACAUUCCAUCCAUCAACAUUUGCAGUAACCAGUGCCUACGCAUGGGUUUGCUUAAUUAAAACUCGAAAAUUAACAACCAAGAAUGUACAUCUUUACAUCAGCGUUGAUUGUAGGGCUCGCUUGGAACCUCCCAUCCCUUCUACUUAUUUUGGGAACUGCAUUACAGGUUGUGUCAUAGGUGUGGAUACAAACAAGUUGAUGGAAGAAGAUGGGGUUGCCGUAGCAGCUAGAGCAAUUGUUGAAGCAGUUGGAGGUUUGCAUGAUGGAGUUCUAAAAGGGGCAAAAGAGUUGAUACCCAACUUACUUUCUAUACAGAAGGAAGGUGGUUUUUUGGUAAGUGUCGCAUCCUCUCCUCGGUUUGAGGUCUACAAAAUUGAUUUUGGGUGGGGUAGACCAGAGAAGGUGGAGAUGCUAAUAGAGAACAGUGGAGCUUUAUCUCUUUCAGAUUCCAGAGAUGGCAAUGGUGGGGUUGAGAUUGGGAUAGUGCUGAAGAAAAACGAAACUGAAGCAUUUGCUUCAAUGUUUACUAGCGGUCUCAAACAUCAUCAAAUCCAUCAAAGUUGAAACAGUUAGGGCAAUAGAGUUCAUGGAGGAUAUAAGUGUAAGAAUAUGUUCUUGUAUGAUACCCUAUUACAAAAUUAUACGCAAUACGGUGGGAAUAUUAAGAACUGCAUCCGAAUAUAAGAAAA